AUGGCAGUCUGGAACAUAAGGGGAUUGAACCUUACCCUGAAACAAAGAGAGGUUCAGAUGCUUAUUUCGGAGAAGCGUCUUAAAGUUUGUGCUAUUUUGGAAUCGCAUGUUUCUGUUUCUAAUCUUGGUAGAGUCUGUAAAAAUGUUUUUCGCUCGUGGGAUUGGACAUCUAAUGGUGCUUGUUGCUCUCGAGGUACUAGAAUUAUUGUAGGUUGGGAUAAUAGUGUGGUGGAUCUCAUGGUUAUUGAUCAGACGGACCAGCAUAAUGAGUUGACAGAUAUUAAAAGCCACGGUAUGCAAUACACUUGGAACCAAAAACCGAAAAAUGGUGUGGGUAUUCUUAAGAAGAUUGAUAGAGUAAUGGGCAACAUUCACUUCCUCGACACUUACCCGGAUGUUUAUGUUUUGUACCACCCGUUUCGAGUUUCGGACCACACUCCAUUUAUUAUUAACCUUCAGAUCCUAAAGAAUAAUCGGCCCAAACCUUUUAAAUUUGCAAACUUCUUGGUUAACAAAGAUGGUUUCAUGGAUAGUGUGGCUGCAGUUUGGUCUAAAACGGUGCAUGGAGUGUCUAUGUACUCGGUUGUUAAGAAACUAUCUUCCUUGAAAUCCCCGUUGAGACGACUUCUCUUCAUGCAAGGAAAUCUUCAUGAUCGGGUUAAUGUUUUAAGGAAAAAGUUGGAUGAGAUUCAGGUGGCGAUCGAUGCUAACCCCUUGGAUAUUUCACUUAGAGAAGCUGAGGCUAAAUGUCUUCAAGACUUUCAAUCUGCCUCCUAUGAUGAGGAAUGUUUUCUGAAGCAGAAAUCUAAAGCGGAAUGA